AGCUCCUUCGGUAUUGACAUCAUACGCACAACCUCUCAUUCACUAGGAAACAGUGUUUACUUUUUUUUAUCGCAGCUCCGAACCACCUUUUCCGAGUCAGAAGGAAAUCUUCUACCACCCUUCAAAAAGAGUCUUUUGACAAUUGAAGUCCACAAUGGCUUCUUCUACCAAUUUCGAUUCUAUUGCUCAAAUUUCUGCUGUGAGAGAUGACUGGAAUUUACGAGUGUCUCUGGUAAAGCUUUGGUUUGUUCCCGAGACACAUUCCCGUAGACCAAACAACCAUCGUUCCAUGGAGUUGCUUUUCAUGGAUGAAACUGGGUGUAAAAUUCAAGCUUCCGUUCGAAAAGCUUUGAUUUAUCGUUUUCAAAAAUCUCUGGAGGAAGGUUCAGUAUACUCAGUUCGUUCAUUCACACUAACCUCCAAUACGGGAGAUUUCAGAGUUGCGCCCCAUAAAUAUAAAAUAAACUUUCAAAUGGAGACAAAGGUUGUUAAAGCGGAAGGACAAAUUGCUCCAAAAAUGUACUCUUUCGUGCCUUUGACUUCAGUUUGUGGGGGAGAAAUUGAGAUGGAAGUUUUGGUUGAUGUGAUCGGAGUCCUAAAACAUUACGGAGUUGAAAAGGAGACUGAAAAGGAUGGCACCAAGAGUAGAAGAAAUUACAUUAUAUUGCAAGCUGACGGUUGCAAAAUAGAUUGCACGUUGUUUGAGCCUUAUGUCGAUCAACUGAAUACAUACCUUGCUUCUGGGAAGCCAACCAAUGUUCCCGUCAUUGUACAACUCGCCAAGGCACGACAUUAUGACGGGAAAAUUAAACUACAGAAUGCAAUGUAUUGUACUAAAGUAAUAUUUGAUCCAACUUGCAAAGAGUCACGUGAUUAUAUGACCAGGUGCGAAAUUAUCAUAUCUCCAUCUCAAGUGGUCACUCAGCUUUCUGAUCAGAAAUCAUGAAAUUCGGAAGAAAAGUUUCUAGCUAUUACCCCGAUGAAAACUAUUCUAGCUCUGAAAGACUGUCAAGAGGUUCUAUGAUGUUAACAUUUGUGAAAUUUAUUUAAACGUUUAAUAACUUCAAAGCCGUUAACUUAUAUAAACACUUACAGGGAAGGUUGUAUAUGGUGUUGGCUACAGUAUUACCAUCAUUGCAAAAUGAUGAUUGGUGGUACUUGGCAUGCCUUUGUAAUCGUUCUGUAGUCCCAGAUUCUAAGAUGUUACAUUAUUGGAAUUAUUGGAAUUCCAACAAUUAAUUUGUUGGAAUUAUUGGAAUUUCUAAAUCUAAUGCGGA